UCCGUCCCUGUGGCAACGGAGAGAGGGUGCGCGCGCGGCCCGCUCGAGCCGCCGGCGGGGCGGCCAUGUCGCUGCUGAGCGGGCCCCGACCGCGGCUCCGCGGCGCUGCCAGGAAGGGACCGAGGAAAGCGACGGCGGCCAAGCGGGAUUGGGACAGUACUGUCCAUGAUUUGACGGUUCACCGUGCAACUCCUGAGGACAUCCUGCGUCGCCAUGAAAUACACAAAUCAAAAAACAAAGCACUGGCACAUCUGGAACUGCAAGAGAAGGCACUGAGAAGAAAAUGGAAGAAGCAAAAACAGUUGGCCCCUGAUUCGCUGGAGAAAAGGAAAUUGGCCCUGAUGCAUGAGAUUCUCUCUGAUCAAUAUGAUUUGCAAGAUGUACUGAAACGGUCUGAUCAGGUUAUGGCUGUGGUAAAAGACUUGUUUGGGAAUGCCCCUCGCAUGCGAACAGGUUUCCCUAACGUAACAAUGGCUCCUAACUGUGACUUGGAAUCAUCUCAGGGACCCAUCGUACAAAAAUGGGAACCUCCCACUCAGCUUUCCAUCCUUAAUGAAUCUGUCAUGGAUUCCCAGGCUCUUAAUCAGGGGGAAGAAGAGGAGGCAUUGUCCAUAUGCCAAUCAGAAAAUGGACAGCACGAAUCUCUGAAUUUCAAAUCCAGUAUCAAUUGUGACAGGCUACUUCGUAUAUUGAGAGAAGAAAAUUCCUCAGCAAAUUCUGAGUUGUGGGCUGAAAGAGAUUUGAGAAAAACUACUGUAUCACAGGAAAUACCUUUGACUCCAACAAUUCCGUCUUCAUCAUUGGAACAUUCAGCCCUCAAUGCUUCCAGUGUAGUCAAGAGAAUCCAUUCAAGACAUCAGAAUCAAGAUGAAGAAGAGACCGUAGACUCUGCUUAUACUGUGAGACAAGUGCUGAACCCAAACUCAAGCAAAGAAAAGCAAAUUUCAGCAAAAAUGAAAAGGAAACAAACUGCACAGAACUCUACAAGGCAGAGGAGAGAUGAUUCUCCUGCUUAUUCCAUCCCCAUGGACCUUCAGAGGGACAGUAAAUCCAGCCUAGAUGUUCUCAGCUGCAUGAUACACGAAGUGGAGCAUGAAUUAGAGGAAUAUGAGCGAUGUACAGGCCGUGAGGUUAGAAGACUGCAGAAAAGUGAAGGCAUCACCGGAUUUACCUCGUCACUGGUGAAUGCACUCUGUCGUUUGAUGCGCUACCUCAAAGAGAGUGAAAUGCAACUGCAUGAGAAAGAGAUGAUGAGGCAGCAUCAUGAAGAGAUGUUGAAUGAGCACAGAGAACUAAUUGAUGCUCUGACUGCUGAAAUACUUCUAGUAAGGGAAGAAAACAUUGCUAUGCAGAAAAAGCUUCAGCAGUACAUGAUCGAAACAGAUGAAAAGAUGACCUCUCUCACACAAGCAUUUAAAGGCCUCCCUUUGAUAGAACCUAGGAGAGAAGACUUAAGUCCAUGCCAUUUUGGAAUUGCACACAAAAGUCCGUCAUGCACCCAAGAAAAACCUGAUCUGAGCUAUUUUGAAUCCAGGACUGGUGAAGGCGAAAGGAAGAAUAUGCUGAAAUUCCCACAGGAAGAACACCCUGUCAGGACUCCUCAGAGGCCAUGUGCCCCAGGUGAUGCGGCAGCAGGUAGAAGCUGGCCAGCUCAGGUCUUCCAGCCAGCUGUACUGUUGUCACCACCCCGACAGAAGGACAGUCCGGAAUUGUCUCCCUUCCAGAACAUAUUUACAACUGUUUCUCAGCCUGCUGAAAACACUGUGAGAGAGCCAUGCAAGGAGAGGAGCUCACCUUCCCCCCUGAAAACGUGGAGCGUGACUGAGGAAAACUGUCUCAUGUCUCAAAGGCAACCAAUUCCUCCUGCAGACAAAGACUUGCAGAGUACCCAAGAGAAAAUCAGUUUGUCCUGCCCUGCUGACGCUACCAAAAAUGACACAGUUGGAGAGUUCUCUCAAAGCAGUGAUCUGCUGGGACAGAUUGCUGAGCUCACACGGCAGAACUCACUAAUUAAAGCUCAGCUGAGCAAAUUCAGAAGCUUCUCUGAAGACAUAAGUGACUGUCUGCCUCAGCCAGACCCAAUACAAAAUGCAGAUUCUUGUCCAGACUCUUCACAAGGGCAGGCUCAUGUUGUGGUACCGAAGAGCUUGGAGGAAAGAAUAGCAGAGCUGAAUCGUCAGAGCACAGAAGCACGUGAUAAACUGCUGCAGCUAAUAGAUCAGCAGAAAUUAGCUGCUGCUGAUACAGUCUCUCAGAGAAUAUCUCCAGUUCUGCCCGCAUCCCGAAAUUGUACUGAAAAUGCAAGGAGGACAAUUGAAGUGUCUGUUCCUGUGGCAGCUUCUGUGGACAGCUCCAAAGAAGACAGUGUUUCCCCUGGCAGUGUGACCACUAUGAGAAGGUCUGUAGGAGGCUCUAGCAAACCUUCUUCACCCCUAAGUACCGCAUCAGAAAGUGUGACGUUAAAUCCUGUCAGUCAGAGGCCAAAGGCAGAAAAGCAAAAAGAAGAAGGCUGGUUUGCACUGUCAAUGCACAUUAUGUAAAGGAAGCUGCGCUCAAGUACUAUUAUUUAUUUAUUUUAGAAACUUUCUUACAAAUCACAUUUAUAUCUCUGUAGUCUCCGUCUCCGGAUGUACGCUUUAACUCUGAAGUGCUUUCCUGUGAAUUUAAAAAGGUCAGUGGUGCUUACUGUAUUUGUGCCAUACAGAAUACCGUAGGAAGUCCUGGGGAUGAGUUUCCAGAACAGACACGCUGCUGUAACACAACUCCUUUUCGCUCAGUAAGUCUUCCAUAAGUUUGUAAACCGGGGCUGGUGUAGCAAUGAGCUGUUAUUGUAUCUGUGGGUUGCAUUACACGUACAGGUUGUAUUACCUAUGCUGAAGAAAGAUGAUUCAAGAAAACGUUUGAGAAACUUGAAAUUUCUGGAGUGUGUAUCUCUACAAGAUGAGGAAUUGAAAAAAAAAAAGGAAAAAGGGAAACUGAGCUGAGGGACUGCACAUACAUGUUCAAAAGCAACGUGGGGAUCAGGAAGCCAGUCUGUUCCUGCUGGAUAAGAAUUUGCUUCAGAAAUUACUUGCUCCUUCUAUGCUUUAUAGUUGCCCCCCAAAAAGGUGUUUUCUGUGCAGUUAACAUACCAAGGACUGCUUCUGAACUUGAGGAUUGCUUUUUUAAAAAAAUUAAGUAUUUUUUUAUAACAAGCAUAACUUGACUUGUGGAAGUUGAAUUAAGAGUUUCUAUUUGUAACAUACUGAAGUAUCAUCUCUGAUGCAACAGAAAACUGAUGAGAGUGCAAUUGUAUUAAGGUAUUCUGGUGUGUGUGUGCAUACGUAUAUGUUGUUUAUAUGUUGUUUUUAUUUGACUUUUUAAAAUAGCCAUCAUUUUAGUAUUAAUGUUAACCAAUAAAAUCUAGGAUUAUCACAAAA